AUGGAAGCUGCUCCUGCAGCUGAAGACAACAACCCUCGUCGGAUCCAUUGGGAGAAGGUUGUAGAGCAGGGCCUUCUCUGCUGCUUCUUCCUGAUACUUCUAGGAGGGUUCAUCUACUUCGCCGUCAGCGACCUCAGAAUCCAUCUCGUAGCACCCGCGUUCCGCCUCUACUCCGCCACCAUGUCCCUUCCCGAUGCGUCCGCCUCCGAAUUCACUGCCACAUGGGAUGUGACUGUCGUCGCGUUCAACCCCAACCACAAGCUUAACAUCUCCUUCAACACCCUGCAGGCCGCGGUCUCAUACGGAACAAAGGUCUCCUAUGCAACAGAUCCCAGCGGGAGUGCAGCAGUCUUGCUCGCGACAAAGCUGGUGCCGCCGCCCUCGUUUCUAACCACAAGGGCCCGGACCACUCACCGUUUCACAGUCGAAACAGUGUCGGCGAACGUAGGUGAUGAUGUGGCCAGAAAAAUCUCCGAAGGGAGAGCUCAUGGAGGGGUGAGGUUUGAGAUCAAUCUGUUGGGUCAGUAUAGGUAUACCUCGUAUGACAAAAGUCCCAGAAUGUUUAAGGCUUGCUACCAGGUCGAGUUUGAGUUUUCCCCGGGUAAUUCGACUGGGGCACUGACACGAACGCGCCAGCCAAUUGAAUGCGAGCAUUAUGCGAGAAGUCAUACAUAG